AUGACCUUGCUCGAGCUAUGGUCAUCAUCGGUCUUCCAUAUCCAAACCGGUGGCCAACGUUUUUGUGAAGCACUUUGCAUGCUUUCUGUGAACCAGGCAAUCGGAUGUUCAAUUCGAUAUGAAAACAACUAUGCAAUUGUUUUCCUAAUGGAUCAACGCCUCAUUAAUAAUCGACGCCUGCGUCAACUAUUACCGUCUUGGGCCCAGAUCGCCUUCAAACCUCUUUUUUCUCACUUUGAGACUUUGAAGCUGGAAACGGUGGCAUUUUUCGCAAGAACUUUAAUUGAUGCAAGUUAG